AUGACUUCACCUUUAUGCAACGAUCACAUCACCAUUACGCACGAUCAUUUCAUCAUUACACCACAAUCACUUCACCAUUACGCCACGAUCACGUCACCAUUAAGCCACGAGCACUUCAUCAUUAAGCACGUAAGCAUUGCACAACGAACACUCCAUCAUUAUGCCACGAGCACUUUACCAUUAUUGAACGAUCGCUCCAUCAUUACACCCCGAGCAGUUCACCAUUACGACAUGAUCACUUCACCAUUAUGCAACGAUCAAUUCAUCAUUACGCAACGAUCACUUCAUCAUUACGUAACGAUUAUUUCAUCAUUAUGCCACGAUCACUUCACCAUUACGCCACUAUCAUUUUAUCAUUACGCCAUGAUCACUUCACUAUUACGCCAGAAUCACUUCAUCAUUACGCAGCAAUCACUUCAUCAUUACGCCGCGAUCACUUCACUAUUACGCAACGAUCACUUCAUCAUUACGCAACAAUCACUUCAUAAUUACGCCACGAUCACUUCGCCAUUAAGCAACGAGCACUUCAUCAUUUCGCAACAAGCAGUUCGCCGUUAG